AUGGCCUCUUUUUCUUCUUAUGGUUCAGAUUUUUCCUAUGUGAGUGCACCCACUAGUCCUGAUGCACUGAGAAUGAGCAAUGCCUCGUUAUACAGUGCACCGGCUAGUCCCUGCAGAGAGAAUGCAUAUCCUCCAUACAAUCUUGAUGCUGGUAAAUUAAACCCGAUAGGAUCAUGUGAGCAGAUGAGCUCUGAUUCUGAUCUAGACUUCGAGUUCAACACAAGUUGGAGGUAUGUUCUCAAUGCGGGUGAGUUUAUCGAGAGCCUAGAACUCGAGUCCCCACUCCAUAAGAAAUCGAGGCCAAGGAGUGACUCACCCCCUUCAAUGGCUUUUGCUGAUGAGCUCUUCUGUGAUGGGAAAGUGAUGCCUCUGAAGCCUCCACCUUGUCCCUGUUAUGAGAGCAAGAGUGGAAAUCAAAGUCCUAUAGGUUCACCUUCACCGAGGUCCCCGAGAUCAGGCUUUAAGGUCUCGUUCCAGCGCAGGGCUCUGUGGAACGAUGACUUCGACCCGUUCAAGGUGGCACUGGAGAAUGUCAAGGGAGACAGCGGGGCAAGAAGGACGACACAGGCUAAUGAUCACAGGCGGACUCGGUCGCUCUCACCAUUCAGGGGCUUCAAAGCCAAGAGUCCACGGAGGUCCACUGACUCGAGGGGGAGGAACCACCAGGAAUACCAGCGAGAAACAUCUCGAGCACCUGUAAAACCGCCGGUCGAGCCAAUGGAUGAGGCCAAUCCGCCCAUUUCCAAGUGGGUGCCUAACCAAAGAAAACAAACGAGUCUUCAACUGCAAGAUCAAAAUAUAUUACAGAGCCCAAAACAACGAGAACCACAUGGCAAAGUUGAGGAGGGCAAGAGGGAAAAUGGGGAGUGCAUUGUGAGGGAGAGUAAGAGGCAAAGGAUCAGGAAGUUUCUGCUGAGGAGUACAUCGUCAUCAUCCACCGGAAGAAAAGUAGGUGAUGAGAAGGUAAGAUCUAUCUGGAGGCCCAAUGUCAAUAUCCUGAAAAGAUUGAGCUUCAAGUCAACUGGAAAUGGUGGAGCAACUACUCAGAAAGAUGAGCAGAGAAGAGUGUCAACAGUGGUUAAGAUGACACUUGUACAGUACAGGCCAAGGCUGUUCCUUUGCUUGGGUUAUAAUAUGAAAAGAAGGUCAAGGUAUAUGUAG